GCGUCUAACCGUUGGUAACCAUGGAAACACUGCCGCACCGUCAUGUAGCCUAGCUAGUAUAUAUGAAAAAAACUGGUUAGCAUCUCGUCUUUUGUACGUUUUCAAGGCUGCUCCGGUGUCAGGGGAAACGCUGUUUAUGACAUAUUAAUGUAAAUCAUGUGGUGUGAAUUCAGACAAAGUCUGUAAUUUAUCAACACGACAGGAGGGAGGAGGUACGGGUCGGUUUCUAAGCUAGCUGUUUCCAACUUUUGUAAAUACCGUCGACUAUGAGCCCCAGUCAGGUCGUUUUCCAAAACCAAGCAGAGGGACCAAGUGUACUUUUGGUACCAGAGUACCGAUGUGUGGUGUGGGCCCUAAAGCUCUCUGGAGCUGCAGCAUCAACGCCACGUCCUCCCACAGUGUGACCCUCUCUGUGACCCCUCCAGCUGAUGCUCCAGUGGGGAAAUACUCUCUGUCCAUAGAGCUGGGGAGGCCGUCGGCCGUGAAGGAAAGCCUGGUGGUGCUUUUCAACCCCUGGUGUCAGAAUGACUGGGUGUACCUGCCUGAUGAAAAGGAACGUCAGGAAUAUGUGAUGAAUGAACAAGGACACAUCUACAUAGGGACGGCCCACUGCUUUAGUCCAAUGUUCUGGGACUUUGGACAG